CCAAACGGAACAGCUUGUACCCAUGUGUUUACUUUAGACAUAUCUGAUAAUGUUAGCAGCAUUUCAUUUAGCCUGUAUAAUAUGCAUGCAAUUUCUUUCUCUAGCUUCCACUUCUCUCACAGGGAGAUUUAAUUAUAGUCUAGUCUAAGUGUUGCGUUCAAAGCUCAACAUAAUCAAAGGGCGUUAUCCUUAUUUCACAGACGUGCCUGAACACGCACUGCCGUCUCGUCAAUGUUUAUGUUAAUCUACGUACCAAAGCCUCAGUCCCACAGGUAAAACCCUCUGUGAUGUCAAACCCUGUGAGGGUUGUUGACGCACCUGGCAUUUCUGAGCGUCAAAAGACUGGAAAAACUGGUUUGAAGACAUUCUCUGAUCUGAGUUUCAGUCUUCACUCUCCUGAUAAGAGCGUGCAUUUCAGCUCUGGCGCUCUUAGAUGAUAAUGGAGGCCCAUAGGAAAGAUUCACCAGUAACUUUGAGCACGUUUAGGGACCUCCUGGAGUCACCACUGACCACCGAGGAAGUCCACAAACGAUUAACUGACGAUGAGGAUUCAAUUUCAAGUCAUGACACGGACAGAGAGUCUAACAGCUCGCCGCUGUGCACACUGGAUGAGUUACAAGAACAGCUGGCCGUGGAUGACAGCAGUGGCCGCAGAGAUGUGACCGGUCAAACGGACGACUCGCGCUUUAUGACCGUGGUUGAACAAUCUGACCCAAACGCGCCCCAGAAGCCCGCUCGGUCAUAUUUAGAUGAAGCGUUACCGGAUCUGCUCCGGAGUGGAAGCCCACUUCGCAGACGAGUGUCCAGCCCGGUGUCUGUCACGCUGAAGCAUGUGAAAAGGGAAGUGCAAUUAUCUCGGCAGCGCAGUCUAAAGCUCAAGGCACAGGUGGACAGACUGCAACAACAGAAUGAUAGCGGACCCGGCUGGAGUGAAAACAAACACCGGGUGGCAGAGGAGAUUCAGUCGGUUGUAAAGCUGCUACUCCCUCUGACAGAUUUAGAGGCAGCAGAAGUUGAUCAGCCGUCCCAAACCAAUCCUUUAGACAAGGCACUGCUUCAACUGCAGAAAGUGGCCCGGACACUCGCCGUUAACUACACCUCUCAGGGAAAGGAGUCUGGGGAAGAUGCUCCCAUUUUACAGCAAGCUCUACGGGACAGAGAUGAAGCCAUUGCAAAGAAACGAGCAAUGGAGACUGAGCUACUGAGAAGCAAGAACGAACUAAUGACACUGAACAACCAACUUUUGGAAGCUGUUCAGAGUCGACUAGAACUGUCCAUAGAGCUGGAGGCCUGGAAAGAUGACGUACAGACCAUUCUUCAUCACCAGCUCCUCAGACAGCAGCAGGAAGAACAGGCUCAGAAGAAGUCUAGAGGGUUCAAUGUUCUGCGACGCUCAAAUAAGCCCCUUCUUCCCAAACCUGAUUACUCUUCCAUGAUCCACGCCUCUGUCCCGAUCCCCCAGUCUCCAUCACCUGCAGGAACACAGAAAUGGAAAGACAAGUUCAGACGAGGAAAAAUCGGCACGCAAGGACCUGCUGAGUCUCUGCCACAAAGGAGCGACAAAGAGGACAAUUUUCAAACGGUUUCUUUGGACUGAUGAUUUCACGUCUCUUUGAUUGUUCAAUGAUUUUGAUCAUAUUGCCUCACCUCAUUUUGUACAUCAAUCCUAAGGAUGUAAAUAAUAUUAUGAAUAAUGUUUUGACACAUUUGAACUAUGUUAUGGAUGUGCGUUACACUGUAGAGAAUAUAUUAAUGUGCUGAGAAUCUUAAAGGGUUUUGUUGACCUGCAGUCACGAACUUCCUAGUAAUAUAUUAAGAAAAGGGAAUAAAGGUGACAGAAACGACAAUA